ACAUUGUUACUAGGGAAUAACAGGGAUUGAUUUCUUAGGUAAGUAUCUGAUCCCAUUGACUUGAGGAUUGUCAUUGAUGUUCUUUUUAUUUAUAUAACUGUCUACAAUACAUUCCUCUCUCAAUCAUGAAGUCUUUAGCUUUACGACCGUUUCUUCCAAGGCCUUCGAUAACAAGAAGACUAUGUAUAUCUCGAAAUUAUGCAGUUCAGUCCCCGGGAUCACCUACUUUGCAGGUCUUCGAUAGACAUACUAAAUAUUUACAAAAAGAGCGUGCAGCUUUAGACAAGGAGAAAAGUAGACAGGUGGAUUAUCUGAAGGAUGAAGUAGCCAUGCGACUUUCAGAAAGGUUACUGGAUAUCAAUAAGCAUUUUGAUCAUGUCCUAGAUCUUGGCGCAAAUUCAUGUAACAUAGCAAGGGCUCUCACUUUACCAGAUCCAGAUAUUGACCUUUCGAAAACUACAUCUCCUCCACUCUCCUCCCGUAUCGCCCGUCUUACGGCUGCAGAUUCAUCUCGCAAUAUGCUGUACCGCGACGAAGACUUGCCAUUUAAUAAGGAAAUAAACCUCACACGCGAAGUGCUCGACGAUGAGGAAAGAUUGCCUUAUGAAUCUGGAACAUUUGAUGCAGUGUUGAGCUCUUUGAGUAUGCAUUGGAUCAACGACCUUCCAUCACUCCUUGCGCAAAUCAAUCACGUUCUGAAGCCUGAUGCACCAUUUAUGGCAGCAAUGUUUGGUGGCGAUACAUUAUUUGAAUUACGAACUUCACUGCAGCUUGCAGAUAUGGAACGAAGAGGUGGAGUCUCUCCGCACGUCUCUCCGCUGGCGGAUGUAAGAGACAUUGGAGGUUUGCUGCAGAAAGCGGGGUUCAAGAUGUUGACGGUCGACAUCGACGACAUCAUUAUUGAUUUCCCCGACACAUUUGCCCUGAUGCAAGAUUUACAACAGAUGGGCGAAAGCAAUGCUAUAUUAGGAAGGGAGGCAGGUGCAAUCAAGAAGGAUGUACUUCUUGCAAACGAGGGAAUAUAUCGAGAGUUACAUGGAAACGAGGAUGGUACAAUACCCGCAACAUUUAGGAUGAUAUACAUGAUUGGCUGGAAGGAAGGACCUAACCAGGCACAACCAUUACCUCGAGGUAGUGGGGAAGUCAACAUAAAAGAUAUCCUUGGUGGCGGCGAGGUCAAAUGAAUAGUCAUUAAUACAAAUAAAUUAUACUUGCGCCGUGAAGUGCUUUACAAAGAGCAACACACAAAUUUAUAUUUACAUUUUCAUCCUUCAUUGGGGAAUCUGGGGGGCAAGAUUUCUCAUCACAUUCUGUACACCCAUCAUCCACAAACAUGUCCUAAAUACCUAAUCAUUUGACUCCGCCUCUAUCAAGAAUGUCAAACCCGCAAGUGCGCAGGAAUUACAGUAAUAGUCGUUGUUGGCUGGAUCUUUGGCGCAAAAAUCGCAGAAUGAUUAUGGGGAAUAUCCUCCAUGGUUCCUUUGGUCUUUGCCUCUUCCCAAGUAUCCUCGUCGACAUAACCAAAGUUGUAGAAAACAUAAGGAGCAUCACACCCCAACGCCAAGUACGAGAAAUAUUCGCUGGCACCAAAAGGAUCAGCUGGAAUUAAGUUAUUUCCCAAAAUAUUCUCCAAAAGAUUUCUGUAGUAUUUUUGCCGCUGAAAAAUCAUUGACAGUGGGAGGAGCGUGCAUAGUCGUUGUGAAUUCCGGAUCUCUUAGGCGAGAGAACCAGAAAUCUCGCACUCCGAGUAAACGACACAUUUGACCGCUGCAGCUAAGCGUUCGUAAAUACUUGGAUUUUCUGAGCGGAUUGAAAUUUUCAGAUCCUCAAAAAUCAGGUAUGAUGUUUGCGGUACUACCACCAUGAAUACUGGCACAUCUAAUCACCGCAAAUCCUUCUGGUCGCACUUCUUUUGUGAUAAUACUUUGCAAUCGCACCACGAUAUGACUGGCAGUCACAACGGGGUCAACACACAAGUCGGCACGACAAAUAUGCCUACUCUUAUCAAAAAAAAAACCCGUACAUCGAAUGAAUCCACUGCUGUCAAGAUCGUACCUCCGCCAAGAGCAAUCAUACCAGCUUUGAAAGCAUGCGUCUUUAAUCCAAGUACUAUAUCUGGCUUAGUAACAGCGAACUUGGAUGGAUCGUAAAGACCAUCUUCGAUCGUAGCUCGUGCACCCACUGCGAGCUCUUCCGCUGGUUGAAAUAAGACAAUCAAAGUGCCAGACCAUUCGGAUUUUGCGUCGAGAAGCAUCUUUGCAUCAGCAAGUAACACAGCAGUAUGCAUCUUCAAUACGGCCGCAUGCGUGCAUCACCGGUGUUUCUUUCCCGUCACUACUCUUAACAAUCCUGGUACUUGCAUACUCUAAAUUUGUGUUCUCCAAAUGAGGCAAAGCAUCCAUAUCGGCGCGAAGAAGAACUGUAGCUCCCGAUCCGUUUAUUUAGGAUUUCAACAACGCCGUGUCCUCCGAUUUCCUUGAUGACUUGGUAGCCACCAAGAGACUCCAAAAACUCGACGACCAGGGUGGCCGUGUGGACCUCCUGCAAGGAAAGUUCUGGGUUUCGAUGAAUAUCGCGAUAAAUCUUCUCAAAUGGAGCAAGCUCAGGGCAAUACUGUUGAAUUAUUGAUCCUUUGUAGGUUUAAAGGGACGAAGAAAAAUACUAUUGUUUUUUGAGCAGCAACUUGUGCCGCCUCACUCAUGUUCUAUUCUUGUCGUUGCUGUGUCAAGAUGCCAGCCCAGCGAAAUGAGGAAAUCCCUCCGAUUGUCCACACCACACAUAUUAGACCACAUGAUGAUGCGAGUUGGCAGCUACUCCGACACCUUCGUGUAAUAUCACAAGAGCAUCAUCUUUCAUACUGUCUUCAGAAAUUCAAGACCGUCCAGAAACAACUCGAUCCUGAUCUGAUCAUAAUGUUUUUGCUAGCUGCUAGAAAUAAUUGAGAGUGCGGUAUCAACAGGCCACGCUAUUUACUCUUGGAUAGAUGUGGGUCAAUCUGGUGUCCAACAUAUCAGUGAUAAUGGUGAUAUGAUCAUAAAUGCCAGCGCUGUCACCUCAACCAAUAGUUAUUUGACACUCUCCGACCAAUACUUUCUGUCGAUUUCAUAAAUUGUAGAAGUCAACAAUCCAUAGGACUAAUGAUGCCUGUGG